AGAUUUUGCAUAGAGCUGCAGCAUCAAAUGCGUGUUUGCAUAACCCUUCCCACCAACUCCUGCACUUCUUCGUCCACUUUCAUCAGUUCAUGGUCAGACAGCUGCUUUUUAGAAUAAUUUCGUAUCGCGUGAGUUCCCCCAAGAUUCUAGCUACCCACAAAUGUUUUUGCUCCAAGGCAACUAAUGGCAAUUCACUGACAAUCUCUCGCUCUGGUGUGUAACGUGAUGCAGUAGUUUCCGUAAAUGGUCUUUACUCGAUGGCGACAGUUCGGUGGUACUGAGCCGCAUGAGGUGCAGCUCGUGCUCCUCACCAGCAACAUUUUACUUUACCAGCCACUUGACAGCCGUGUUUUUCAGUAGGUUUUACUUUUUGUUCAGUGGCGGGACGGUAAAAACAUCAUUUCCAUGUGCCUGACUCCUUUCGCGGAUACUGCAAUUUCUACAGAAGAAUGACUUCAGUGUGGAAAAGAUUACAAAGAGUUGGCAAAAAGGCUACUAAAUUUCAGUUCGUGGCUUCGUAUCAAGAACUUGUUCUGGAAUGUUCAAAGAAAUGGCAACCAGACAAACUGAGAGUGGUGUGGACAAGGAGGAACAGACGCAUUUGCUCCAAGCUUCAUGCAUGGCAGCCGGGCAUCAAAAAUCCCUACAGGGGAAUGGUGGUGUGGCCCGUACCUGAGAAUGUGGAUAUUACCGUCACACUCUACAGGGACCCACAUGCAGAUGAGUUUGAAGACAAAGAAUGGACAUUUUUCAUUGAGAAUGAGACAGCUAAAGGCAGUCGGAAAGUUCUGGCAUCUGUGGAUUUGAACAUGAAGAAGUUUGCCAGUGCAACACACUCACAGACGGAUCUGAUGCUCAAAAUGAAGCCUCUGUCGGUGAAGGUGGUGGAGGCCACGCUGAAGCUUUCCUUAUCCUGUGUGUUCCUCAAGGAGGGUAAAGCUACGGACGAGGACAUGCAGAGUCUUGCCAGUCUGAUGAGUGUAAAACCAACAGACAUUGGGAACCUGGAUGACUUUAAUGAGAGUGAUGAAGAGGAGGAUAAGAGAUCCAGUGCUGGGCUUAAUCUCAGUACUGCAGCUCCAGCACUCCACCUUCCUCUUCGACCAACACGCUCCCAAGAAAAGAGACCUGCAUCUCUAAAGAGCCCUUCAGCAAUAGCUUUUGCAGAGCUAAAUGAGCGAACGAUGGUGGUUUCUACAUCUCCUUUCUUCAGCGUCCCUCUAAAUGAACCUGCUGUUCCUUUGCUGAGCAAACCGGAUCUCGAAGCUCUUUGUGAAACAUCUUGCCCUUCUAGUGAACUCCCCAAGCCACCUUCACCUCCCUCUGUCUCCCUUUCUUACCCCAUUAGCAAACCUCUACCUGUCUCUUUUACCCCAGCAACUGUCCCCUCCUCUAUCUCUGCUCUUGCCCUGUCAACCAGUGAAGCUCUCAUAAAUGCCCCCUGCUGUUCACCUCAAUCUUCUUCUGCACAGUCAGAAAUACCCAGGGAGCUCAACACACUAACAGAGGAGGAUCAAACAAAUCCAUUUUUACAAGAUUUACUCGCUGAAGAACUGAAGACCUCCGAGCCCAAACAAGAGCAACUUCGGACAGUCUGCAGCAUUAGCAUAGCGAAUCAACAAUCUCCUUCCUCCCUCCGUCAACCUGAAACCAGCAGCUCUGAAAGCAAAGAGCUCAGACCUGCCACAGCUGUAAAAAGUCUUGAGCCUGUUGGCAAGUCAUCUUUAGACACAUCUGGUGUACAGCCUGUUGAAGCUCCCAGAUCUGAGCAAUUGGACACAGGGACUGUCCCUCCUCCACACCCAUUCUCUGCUCCAGCAACAAUACCUCACUCAUCAGUGGUUUCCACUCUUACAAAGAAAAAUCAACACGUUUUUAUUGCAGAGAAACCACCUUUGGCUGAGGAAGAGCCUGAUUUUAAAGCGGCUGAUUUUGAUAAAGUGGUCAUGCCCUCUCAACCCAUUAAAUGUGUUAAUGUUAGCAGUCACCCUGAGAAAGAACCACUCAAAAUUGACACUGAACAGCCAAUGCAGUCCUGCCUGGUUCAACCCUGUCCAAUAACCGAUGAUGACUUGUUAAAGCAACCAGAAAACACUAUAAUUGAAUCAGCAGGGGACAUUCCUCCAAAAGAGGAACCGAAUGAGCAGAACGCUCUGCUUUGUGCCGACCUCAACAAGUCAGACGAGGACAAGAUAAUCAAGAAAUUUGCUUCAACUGUGGUUACCCCUACUGAACAAAAUAUCCGUAACGUUUUAUCCAGCUCAUCACCUCAAAAGCAAGAACCUACAGAUCUUCCCAGGGGAAAAAGUCAAAUGUGGGUGAAAGAAGAAGUCCUUACAUCUAAGAUCGACAGUAGUUUGAGAGAGCAAAAGUCCCAUAAGGAUCAGCUGGACAAGAUUUUAACUAUUGUGGAAAGUCAAAAUGAAAUGGCCUUCACUCCAGAUGACAGGCCUAGCGUUAGCCUCAAAGCAGCUGCCCCUCAGAUAACAGCUCUGCCCAAAGAGCUUCCUCCUAUUCAUCCCCAAUCCCUGGAGCCCAAAGUCCUUAAAUGCAUCUCAGAAGAAACUCCAGCAGUCAGUGAACCAGCUAAACCAGAGCCAAUUGUAAAGGAGUCAGACAACACAGUGCUAACACAGAAAAGCAUGGAGGUCCAUUCACUUUCGUUCACCCAAGCAGAAGUGCCAAUCUGGAGUUCUCUGGAAGAGAAUGUAAAAGAUCAGGAGGAGGAAAUAAAAGAUGAGGAAAUAAAUAAGCACAAAACACCUCGCAAGAUGUCAAAAGAAGAAAAUAAAGCUGAAGUGUCCACAAAAAAAUCUUUAGAUGGAGGACCAGAGGAAUCCUCAAUACAGCCAAUACCACAACCAAGAGAUUUCACAGCCAUACAAACACAAGAAGCACCUCAGCCUGCCUUUCCAUCAGAAUCUGUGUCCAUAUUAAAAGACACUACACUAACGGAAACUAUUUCCCAACCCGUUAACAAAGUUAUCCCUCCUUGUCAAGAUGAGUGUAAGCAGUCACCACCCCCAGUGCCUUUACAGGAAGUCGGCCCUGAUGCCAUCAAUCAGAACAGUAGCGGUGCAGCGGAUAACAAACAUGUGGUUCCCCGAUACGACGAUAAAGGAACCACUCCUUUACUUGUGACUAUAGAGACAACAACUGUAAAGACUGCUGAGAUAUGCGAUGAUGUUGCAAAAGAGAUUAGUGAGAAUAACCUAUCACCACAAGAGGGCGACACUUCAAAAGUUGAGAUGGAAAAAGAGAGCAGCACAGUCAUCACUAAGGCCACAAUGAAGCCAACAGAUAUUGACGUUGAUGAGGAUGCUAUUUCCGGGCAGGACAUUUCUCCGAGAAGCUCUGUGGUCCCGUGGCCAUUCCCCUCUCCUAAACUUGAAAGACACAGUGAGCCAACAAAAGGUACAGAAAGUUCUAGUCUAAAGGAUGAAGACCUCUCAGAGGAGAAUGUUCUGUUAGCAAAGAUUUGUCAAAUGGUAGAAGAGGAGACAACACAGCCUUCACCUGCUCCACGCACUAAGAAACGCUUGAUCCCCUGCAAGUCUGAUUUCGAACUUCCUCCAACUCCUCCCCUGCAACUCAAGUCUAGCUUGAAACUGCCCACGGAUGAGAUACAGACACAUUUAGAUCAGACUGAGAUCACAAAUACUAUUGGACCUCAACCAUCAGUGAUUUCUCAAGAUGAGAUAGACGAGAAAAUUGACAUCAGUCAGUCUCAGACUUCCUCUGUGCCACUGUUAGAGGAUAGAAAAGCCAAUGCUAGAAGUGCUGUUUUAGAUGAUAAUGUCCGGUUUAACAAGCAAGAACAAAAUGUCCAGCUGGAAUGUAUGACAGCUGAAAGGGAGUGCCAAGAUACGCCAGCUGUUAAGCUCACAAACCAGACAGAAAACACAGAAGCUGAAACUAAGAACAAGGAACAGCCAGAUUUAAGUAUUCAUAGAAGUGGAGAGGCUCAAAUAGAGCAGGAUAGACCACCGUCAGUGCCUGAUGAAUUGUCUGGUCAUCCUCAAGAAAAGGAUUCCUCUAAUGUAACCCCUGAGGCCAAAGGGAACGAGACACCAUCUAGUAGCGGAGGCAGUGGGCAGGUUAACGGCCAGACCACUGUAGACGCAUGUCACGUGAUUGUGCCCCCAUUACGUAGUAAAAGGAAAAUCAUUCCACCACCUAUGGACCUCACUAUAGUAAAACAAAUAGAUGAAUCAAAUAAAGAGGGUUCAGCAGUUCCUGAAUUGGAUUUUGCAAGUCCACUGCCCAGUCCUGGUCUGGUGACCUCCAGUCAGUCCUUGCUAAAGUGGUGUCAAGAGAUCACGAAGAACUAUAAGGGAGUGAAAAUAACAAACUUCAGCACCUCUUGGCGUAAUGGCUUGGCGUUCUGUGCCAUCUUACAUCACUUCCACCCUGAGAUUAUUGACUUUGAUGCAUUAGAGCCUCACAACAUAAAGCAAAACAACAAAAUUGCUUUUGAUGGUUUUGCGUCACAGGGAAUCUCUCGUCUGCUGGAGCCCUCAGACAUGGUGCUCCUCUCUGUGCCAGAUCGUUUGAUCGUCAUGACGUACUUGUGCCAAAUCCGUGCUCACUUCACCGGACAGGAGUUGAGUGUGUUACAGAUUGAACAGAACAACAGUCAGUCCAGCUACGCAGUAGCCGGGCCAAACCAACAGGCGGAUGUACACGUGGCUGCCAAAUUCUGUGCGGAGAGGCUCCAGGUUGGAUCUGUGUCAGGAGACAAUAACAGCAAGGACUCACUGGGAGAGGAGGGAAGUGACAAUGCGGCGAAGCCCAACGGAGGUCUUGUUCCUCCACCUCGGACUAAACGUGCGGGAAAGGUGGAUGAGAAGGGUAGUAAGGAGACACCGGAAGGUGCGCAGACACCUGUGGCCCCGCCACGACCAAACGCAGCUGCUUCCAGAUCUGGAUUCGGGCACAUACGAGAUGCGGAUCUAGUGAAGAAACAGCGGUCACGGCUGAAGAGUGAAUCCAUGGAUGAGCCUGAUUCAAAGGAGCCACCGAAGGAGUCAGAUAAACAUGAACCAGCAGUUCAAGGAACAAAUGGCUCAACAACUGCAAGAGAAAGUGCUGAAACGGAACCUCACGAAGUAAAUCAUGAUGUUAAAUCAGCCGAUAAUGAGACCAUGUGUCUGCAGGACACCAAUCAGUAUGUGUUGAGUGAACUCCAGGCCCUGGAAACCGAACAGAAGCACAUUGACAGAAGAGCUGAUGUCGUGGAGAAAAGGCUCAGAAAGCUCAUGGAGACGGGAAGUGAUAAAGAUGAAGAAGAGAAGCUGAUUCAGGAGUGGUUCACUCUGGUCAACAAGAAGAAUGCUUUGAUAAGGAGACAAGACCAUCUGGAGCUGCUGCAAGAAGAGCAGGACUUAGAAAGAAGGUUUGAGCUGCUAAACCGAGAGCUCAGAGCCAUGAUGGCUAUUGAAGACUGGCAGAAAACUCAGGCCCAGCAGCACAGAGAACAGCUACUCCUGCAGGAGCUGGUGUCACUGGUCAACAAGCGGGACGAGCUGGUUAGAGACAUGGACGCAAAAGAGAGAGGAGCUUUGGAGGAGGAUGAAAGACUGCAGAAAGGUCUGGAGGCAAGACGUAGAAAAUACAGCAAUAAGGAAAAGUGUGUUCUUCAAUAAAGACUUCAUAUGAAAACUGAGGCUCACUGCACAAGAGAAAAUCUAGAUGACUUUGACUACACCAGGACAUUAGUGUGCCUUGUUUUAACUUCCAACGACAUUUGGCUUCAACGUUAAGCCCUUCCUCAAAACAUCUUCAAGAUCUCAGUGACAUCAGUGGGAUGUAUAACAUGUCCAGUGUGGAUCAUACUAGUUAUACCCUGAAAGUUUGCACAAUGAUUUGAAGGUUCUCCCAGGUUGCAUUGCUAAAGAGCUUGAUGUUAUAAGCAAUAUUACUUUAAAUCUGAAAAGGUCUUUAUUGUUUUAUUGGACUAUAAAAAAAAAAAACCUUCACAUACCUGAAUGGUUACAGACAAAUGAAGUGAACACAAUAAAUAAAUAAAAGGGAGUAAAGAGAAAAAUCAUUCGUACUGCUGUAGAUUGCAAAAUAAAAAUAUUUAUUGAGACUUAUCAUGUGACCUUCAUCAGGAUUUUAUAAAUUUUUGCUGAAGCAAACAAAACAGUGCUCAAUAACCAAUAGAAUUCUUCUACAGCAGCGAGUAGGAUUUUUCUUCUCCUUUGUUAAGUUUUAUUGGGAAAGUAUUGUUUCUUGUCUUUUUUUAAAAAAAACUUUGAUCCAGAUGAUUUGACUUUCUUUAAAGAUGUAUCGAACAGGCAAAGAGAAAUGCGCCAAAGUUUGCUGUUUUUACAUUAUUUAUUUGAGCGUGUUGUUUCCUGGUAUGCCAAAAUGUCUCUGCUGGGCUGUUGUCUUGUAUUAGCUGCAAAAUGUAUUCUCUGAUCGUUUAUCAGACAAUGUGUCUACAAAUGAAUGUAUUCAUACAAUUUUAAUGCAUUGUAGUGCCUUUAGAUAUUUAAUACCUUUUGAAAAGGGGCUUUUUAUAUAUCUAAACCUGUAUUUUUCAGUUUUAAACCUUGAAAGAUAACAAAAUGAAACAUAUUUAUGGAUUGUUUUAUAGAUACAAAAAGUAUUUUGUCUGACUAUACUCUUUUGAUAUUUAAAUAUGUUCAUUCCUAUUGUAAGAUUGAGAGUGUUUUGUUCAAUAAAGGUUGUAUGAUGUUUGAA